AUGGGCGAAGACUUUUGCUCUGAGGAGCGGACGGAGCCGUUUUCUCAGUCGGAGAUCAACAUGCGGCUACAGAAGAGCAUACGUGUCGAGGAAGAACUUGCCAGUGCCGAGUCUGACACCGUGCCACUGGACAAGCUCGUCAUCGAUGAGCAACAUCACCAACAGGGAAUCAGGAUUCUGGUGCGCCCUUUGACUCGAAGCCGCUCAGUGAGCCCGGGUAGCGACAACUGCGAAUGGCUAGCUCUUCGCGCAGAGGUCGCGACCCGAAAUGGCCCUCAGCAGCCUAGCACUAAGGUGCUGGCUGUGACUCAGACGUCCAAGGACAUCAAUUUCUCGCUGAGGAUACCGGGCGAAACGGGCGUCGAUGAAACUCGGCCACCGCUAUGGUGCGAGCUGUACUAUGAUCCAGCCAGCGACAAUCAGAUUCUCCUUAAUAGAUCAGACGUCCCCAUCACUCUGGCGAGCGUUUCGGAUCAAGGAGACGAUAGUCAGUCGCCCUCUUUCAUCCACCCCAUCAAAGUUGUACCCGGUAUUACCAAGGAGCUCUCUCCUGGAACAUGGAGGAUCCGUGUCUAUGGCACACCCAUCAUCGACUUUCGCGUUUUGGCAAAACGCCCUGCCAGCCUGUGUGUCCCCGUACAGGAAGUUUCAGAUCUAACAUCCAUUGCGGACAGUAUUGAUCCGCUGAACUCGUCGAUAAAAAGGUCGUUCUCCGACGAUACAGAGAUGGAUCCAGCCCAGAAGAGACUAAGGACUACCGAGCGUGAAAAGCGUGAGGAUGUCGACGACGGAGUAAUCAUGUUCUACCCCGUAACCACAGGAGAGCCACUGGUUUUCCCUUUACCACAUGCCAGCAAAGCGAAGGAGGUCGCAAUCCCGCAUGGCCAUGCUCUGCUGCAAAUUCAGAAGGACGAGACAGUGGCGAUUCCAGGUGGCUGCGAGCUGGACCAGUACCAAGUGACAAAACGGAAUCAAAUUGCGACCACGGCGGCCUCUUCUGUGUUCACAGCUGAGCACUCGGAUGUGCCGGAUGGCGUGAUUACAGUCAAAGUGCUCAAAACCAGAAGGCCAAAUGAGGCCAAGCCACAGGAUAACCACAAGAAUGUUAUCCGGCAGGCCGAUAUCUGGUUGCGCGAAUACCGAAGCCAGGAGGACUUGCAGCACGAAUCUAUCGUGAAACUCUACGGCGGUGAUGCGCGUUAUCUGUCGCUAUACAUGGAACACAUUGAUGGCAAGGACCUAGCUGCUCGAGGCGUAUGGCGAGACGGCGCGACGGAUGUGUUUGUCGGCAACAGGAAUGAUGCGAUCCGCAUCCUCCGGGAUAUCGCCAGUGCUUUGAACUACGUCCACCAGAGACGGAGAGUCCACAACGACAUCAAACCCGCCAAUAUCCUGUACUCCCCAGACCGUGGCGCUGUACUAUGCGAUUUUGGCCUCUCGACACGCACGCAUGACUCCGCUACUAACGGAGGCACGCCGUAUUACGUGCCACCCGAGUUCGUCGGGAACAAGCUCCGUGGCACGCCGUCGGAUGUGUGGGCGCUCGGUGUGACAAUGCUCUACGUUCUUAAGCGCAUCGCCUUCCCGGAUGCGCGCGGUCGCCAGGGCCAUCCAAAGCAGCUGUACUGGAUGAUUGCCGAACUGAACAGAAGAUCGCAUCACUCAAGCAAAGCCAAGGGUCCCACGGCGGUGGACCAGAUGCAGCAAUGGCUCAGUGAGGUCACCGAAGCCAGAGCCAAGCUAAACCCGAAGGACAAGCUUCACGUGCUAGUUUCACAGAUGUUAACUCCGCAACCAAACCAGCGCAUCACCAUGGCUAAGGUUAUGACCGAGCUCAGCUUACCUCAAUGGACCGGUGUGUGA